AGAGAGAGAGAGAGAUCAGCACAAUGACCACCACCGGGCUCCUGUUCGCAGCACUGCUCCUCCUGCUCCCCGUGUUUGUGAAUGAAGUGAAUGUGGUCUGUGAUCACUGUCCUCCAGGCACUCAUCUGCGAGUGAACUGCACAGACAUAUGCCACACAGAGUGUCGCCCCUGCAGCACAGGAUUUUACACUGAUUUCUGGAACUACAUCCCCGAGUGCCUGCCCUGUGACCUGUGCGCCCUCAACCAGGAGGAGACACAGCCGUGCACACCCUCCCAGAACCGUGUGUGCCAGUGCAAGGAGGGAUACAGGCUAUCAGACUUCUGCAAGAAGCACACGGUGUGUCCAGCUGGACAUGGGAUCAAAAACAAAGAAACCUCAUACAAAGACACAGAGUGUAGUGGUCAUGGUGUAGAUGGAGCUGGGGGCAGCACACAGUGCACCCCACAAACAGCCUUGCAUGUUGAUGACUGGCAUGACAACGUGUGUGUUACUUGCAACAGCAUCACAACAGAAGGCUGACCCACCCUCAUCAAGCCUCUCCUCUGAGAGCUGUUCGCCCAGCAGAAAC